AUGAAUUGUACAACGAAGGUAGUGCAGGUGACGAACGUGUCGCCAAGCACAACAUCCGAGCAGAUGCGAAUGCUGUUCGGGUUUCUUGGAACCAUUGAAGAACUCAAAUUGUUUCCACCAGAGUAAGUAGCUGCUUCAUAUUUGUUUAACGGUUGUCGCUAGCUAGAUACAGUUGUUAAUUUAGUUAAUCACUUCCUACCAGUUUGUGAUUUGAUUUUUUUCAAUGUAGUAUUAUUAACAAUGCUAACGUUAGCAUCAGGAGGCCCCAUUUCUGGCGGUCUAAGGCGAAACAUUAACUAAUGUUAGUUGGCUAACAAUAGGUUGGUUAGAUACUUCGGGGAUGUUUUGCUAUAUACAAUCGACUAUGCUGUCGCUAGCGAACUAACUAGUUAACUACAGAAACGUUUUUUAUUGCAGUGAAUCGCCUCUGCCAGUGACGUCGCGUGUGUGUUUUGUGAAGUUUCAAGAAUCAGAGUCGGUGGGGGUGUCUCAACAUCUGACCAACACCGUCUUCGUGGACAGGGCGCUGAUCGUCGUCCCUUUUGCCGAAGGUUGGUGUUUUGUUCUCCCGCUUCUGUAUGAAUGAUCCUUGAUUGUAUGGAUUGUAUGACGUAGUGAUGGGAGAGUGAAGCCUGACGCCCCAUUGAUUUCAGGAUGGAGUUCUAUGAGCCUGUGGUUUUAACCACUAUUAAGCAUGUAUCCUAACUAUUUCAGAUUAUAUUUAUUUCACUUGCUUUGGCAAUGUAAACAUAUGUUUCCCAUGCCAAUAAAGCCCAUUGAAUUGAAUAGUAUCCAUUUUUUAUCUGACAAGCCUAUCUGAUUCUGUGAUCAAUGAUGCCAUGCCACUCUCCUUGUCCUAUCUUGUACGAUCCUUCUGUUAAUUGCAAUGAGAGAGGUGUCUAUACCGGCUCUCUCAACCCAGACCCUUGAUAUACUGUGGAACUAAAGACCAAACCUAUAACCAUACACAUAUUAUGUCAUGUAUAAAGCUUCUGCCACACUGUAAGGUCAUAAUGCCAUCCAUGAUGCAUUAUUAAUCCUUGUAGUAAUCACCAGAGCCAAUUCUUUGUACCCCCUCCACCAGUAAGCACAGUAUACCAAGGUCUGCUUUAGGGACUGGGACUUGCUCCGAAAGAGAGGGCUGAACAAGCCCAGACCACGGGCAGACAGACGCACCUCCUCAAAAGAAAGCUGAGAUUAACUUACAUGUAUAUAAAAACUUAACCAUGCUUUUUAUUUUCUCCCCCAUAUUGGACUAUCCUCUAAACUUCUCUCUGUUAUUUGUGUGUGUGAUUUGUUGUAGUGGAGAAGGCAAAAGCAGAGCCCCCUCCUUGAUGGCUGAAAGUGGUCCUCUGCCUGCCAACAGGGGAUUGUAGACAUUUACAAAAGGCCAGCAAGCGUUCAAGCAGCCCCCCCAGACCCUUCUCUUUCUCUUUUUUCCUGUGUCUUUUCUUCUCUCUUUCUCUCUCAUUUUCUCUUCUCUAGGGUAUUUUAGUUUACAUUUAAUGCGGUAGCAUAGAUAUUACUGUUAAUGCUAUAAUGCAUAUCACAUGUAUUACACAACAUUUUACUUGACUGCUCACAAGUACAUAUUUAUCAAAAUAGGUGUGUUAAUAAUCUGACCUGUAUAAUGUCCAAUCUGGUUUUCUCAUUUUAUCCAAGUGGUAAGAAGAAAACCAUAGCAGAAUAACUGAACAGUAAAGUAUACACAUCUCAAUAACACAGCUAUUGGUAUACCUACAUUUCCUACUUUUUUCACCUUUAGCGUUAAGGCACUUCCUGGUUUUGGGAAUUGGGUGACCAAUAUAGUAUCCAAUUUAAAUUGAGCAAAAAUUACAUGCACUCACUUACCACGCUGUCCCUGAAAUUGGCAUAUUCAAAUAGCUAGUCUGUGUGUUUUCAAUGUUGACCAGUGAUACUGUACUUUAAGGUUCCUGACUGUAUCUAGUUGUUAAGAUAUCCACCCCACAUGGCAAUGGCAACUGGUUCAGUGCUCUCUCUUUAACAGUGGUCUUUCUUUUUUGUUGUUGUGUUUUACAGUUAUUUUUCCUGGCUCAGCCAGUCCUGUAUACCAGGCCCCGCUGAAAAUACCACCCAACCGUUUUGUCUCCUGCAGCUAAAUUCUCUCCCCCAUGUGCCCUUUUUAAAUGUUUGUUUGUGUGUGUGUGUGUGUGUAUGUAUGUAUGUGUGUGUGUCUUCUGUAAAAAAUGUUACUUUUGCCAUUGUGUCUUGAUUAAGAUAUUGUAUGUUUUCUUUUUUAGGUAGCAAUGGCAACAUUGAGAUCUGAAACCAUAUAUAUGUAUAUAUUUUUUUUUUCUGAGCCCUAUGUUAGGCAAACAAGCUAAUCUAAUGUUGCCAAGUUGAUUUUACACUUAAUCAAAAGGCAUUGGUUCAUUUGUUGCAUAUUUGAUACAGUGACAGGUAAGGUUAUUGGGGAGCGUAGAUAUCACCUACCCAAAAUGUUAAUGCUAGCUAGGUUAUUUUUCUACUUAUUACUGUAUUGCUGGUAAGUAGUAGAAACUGUCAGACUGUGCAGUAUUCGCUGUUGAUCUCCAACUCUCUGAAACUCUUUUUGUUUUGUGUAUCUCGAUUUUUCUCUGUGUGCUCCUUAGUAGUGAAGCCGCCAACGUGAGUCGCUUGUUCAAUCUAUAUGAAAAUUGAGAGCACACCCCACUGGAGAAGCCGCUGUGCUAGCUAACGUUUGGUUCAUGACUUAAAAAACACGUUCAGGUGAUACAAUCUUGGCAGUGUUCACUGGAGUAGUGUGUAUUGUGAUAUACUAGUUUCCCAAUCUUAGUUAUUGUUCUAUCUACAAUGAUUAAAAGAAUAAAGGGAACAAACCUUCUCAAAUCUAGCAGCUAUCAAAGGUAACAGUAUUGAAACCUGUACAAAUGUUUGUUUGAAGAAUACUUGAGCAAGUCAUCUUUGUUUUUUUUGUUUUGUUUUUCAAAAUGUCUCCUUUUUAGUAGAGUCUAGACGUAGACGUUCCCUUCUUCCCCUAAUGCCUGUUUGGUUUUUCUGUAGGUGUUAUCCCGGAGGAGGCUAAAGCUUUGUCACUGCUGGCGCCAGCAAAUGCUGUUGCAGGGAUUCUGCCCGGGGGAGGUCUCCUUCCAACACCAAACCCCAUGUCUAAUCCACAGGUAGGACUUCUCCCAACACCAAACCCCAUGUCCUAUCCACAGGUAGGUCCUCAGCACAGAGAUACAAUGUGUAAUUGUUCUAUUUAAAUUCUGUGAUCCUUAAGUUAAUAAAAUUAAACAUCUGUCUUAAUGACUAUAUCGACAAUGAAAGGGUUAAUGAUGUGCUGUUGUUUUUUUAGAUGGGUGGCAAUCCUUUCGGUGGUCCCUCCAUGGAUGCGAUGGCAGCGUUCGGGUUUCCAAACCCCAAUAUGAAUAUGAACCCCCAGGUGAGUGUUGGCUUGAAAUCUGGUGAUAUUUUUGUGUGUACACACAAAUGCUGGUGUUGAAGGGAGAUGUUUAAAUUAUAUCAGAUUUCUAACUUGUAUAUUAUAUAUUUCACACUUCUUCCCCACAGUCUUUUCCUACUGACCAGCUUCUGAAGUUUAUGUCGCAGGUGGAUCCAAAGUAAGUCAUCAUGCCUCUAGAAAAUUACCAUUACAAGACAUCAAACUAGCUGGCAUCCCGUGUGUUCUAAUUAAGCAAUAAGGCCUGAGGAGGUGUGGUAUAGAGCCAAUAUACCAUGCCUAAGGGCUGUUCUUAUGCAUGGAGUGCCUAGAUACAGCCCUUAGCAGUGGUAUAUUGGCCAUAUACCACAAACCCGGGGUGCCUUAUUGCUAUUGUAAACCGGUUACCAACAUAAAUAUGACAGUAAACAAGUACUUUUGUGUCAUACCCAUAGUAUAUGGUCUGAUAUACACACGGCUGGAAUGCCUAUCAGCAUCUAGGACCCAAACUACCCGCUUUAUAAUCACCACUAAAUAAUGUCCUCUUCUUCAGAAUGAACCACAUGGGUGUAGGGAUGAACAUGAACAUAAACAUGAAUCCGGGCCUGAAGGCAGACUCCUCCAACAAAGAGAUAGAAGAGGCCAUGAAGAGGGUCAGAGAGGCCCAGUCACUAAUCUCUGCUGCCAUCGAGCCUGGGAGUGAGUAGUCAAAGCAUUGCAUCUCCAAAAGACACAUUACAUCUCUGAUAAAUUACUGGUAGCCCUAGCUAAAAGCUAUUAUUUGCUGUACCAAAGUAAUUUAAUGUUUUGUUUAUGCAGACAAGGAGAGCAAGAGGAAGCACUCACGUUCCAGGUCCAGGUCUAGACGCAGAAGGUCCCGCUCUCGCUCCAGACACAGGUGAACACAAACUCUGUUCUGACAAAUCAUUUGGAUUGUGUUAAAAAUAGAGUACGUAUUUUUUAAUAAAUGUUUCAUAUUGAGGGUAGAGAUUGAUGUUGUGUUUGUGUGAUCUGCAGGCGUUCAAAGAGCAGGUCAAGGAGACGCUCGCACUCCAGGAGCAGGAGACGCUCCAAGAGCCCCCGAAGGAGGAGUGGGAGGUCCCACUCCAAAGACAGGAGCAGACCAUCACCAAGCAAAUCCAGGUGAGCCACAGAGCACAGACUUGACCCAUUCUUAAUCCUCAAGCUGCACAAUCAGAACUUCCGAGACAGCCCUGCGAUUACUGUCUACCUCCUAAUCACAACUCUAAUCCCAAUAUAUACAAUAACAAAUAUUGAUCAGAUGUAACUAACUUGUGUCUCUGAUCCACAGGGAUAGGAAGAAAGAGGAGCGGGAUAAAAAGCGCUCUAAAACACCUCCGAAAAGCUACAGUACUGCCAGGAGGUCUCGCAGUAUCGAUCGGUUAGUGCAGCUUUCAUUGGUCAGAGCCACAUGUCUGACUUGUGGCUCUGUUUCACCAUGCUGUCCCAACAUGUUGUUGAUUGGUCAGAUAUUUACAAAAAUGUUUCAUGCUGUUGAGUAUAGAAGGCGGAGAAGGAGUCGCAGUGCCAGCCGAUCUCCUAAGAAAUCCCCCAAGAGGAAAGUCUCCAGGACUCCCUCUCCUAGAAGGUUGGUGUUUUGGUGAUCUCGAUCCUCGUGAUUCUCAUAGAACGAGAAUUUCCUAAGUCAACACAUUUUCAAUAUAAUGUCAGUAGUAUUUUAUUGCUAUUUUGAGACUGAAACUGAUAAGACAUUUUGUUUACAAAGUGUAACUGUAAAUGCCCUCAGAACAAUCAAAUAAAUACUUUUUUAGAUUUUAAUUUCAAGUUUUUUAAAAAAGUAACCUGGAAAUAAGCCAUUUUAGACUGUCUACUACUACACUUAUCUUUGGAUUUGGAGACUUUGUUUCAGAAGCUUUUAACUCUCCUCUCCCUACAGACAUAAGAAGGAGAAGAAGAGGGACAAGGAAAGAGAGAAGGACCGUGAGCGCAGGAGCGAUAAAGACCGCAGUCGGGAUGAACGGAAGGAAAAGAAAGAAAGGUGUAAAGACAAGGAAAGAGAAAGGGAGAAAACUGAUGGAGAGAAAGGAGAUGUGAAGGUCAGCACCAAUGACUGAAAAUGAUUUGUCUUAUGUUAUACAAGUUAUGUAAGAUGUGUAGGAUGUCCAUGUUGAUUUUUACUCCCGCUUUCUUCCUUCUGUAUUUUCACCUCUGUUAGAGAUCUAGCGUUUACUCGCUGUAUUUGAAAGAAUAACAAGUCAUAUGAAAUGAGUUUCCAAAAUGGUAAACUUAGUCAUUUCAAAUUUCCUUAGAUGUCUUUGCAGGUCACCAGAGACUAUGAUGAGGAAGAGCAGGGCUACGACAGUGAGAAGGAGAGGGAGAGGCUGGACAAGAAGGAUUCCGACCAGGACUCCGGAGCCCAGUCUACUCACUCGGUGGAAGGCAAUGGCACUGGGUUUUCCAAAGUCAAUGGAGACGAUCAUCGCGAAGAGGACGACAUGGAUGUCAGUGAUUGAGUCACCCAAUAAUAGAGACAUAUGCAUAGAUCUCUAUGUACCCAACCCUCCAUUGUACCAAACCCUCCAUGCCCCAUUGAGCUUACUGUAUACAUGCUUCAAUCAACUCAACUCCAUCCCUCUUUAUCUCAAUUUAAUUGUUUGUUUUUCUUUUGGAUUGACUAGACAAAAUAGAUCAAUUAGAAGAUUAACUGAAAGAGUAACCUUAAGAUUUUUCUGUUUUGUCAUAAUUUUCUGUAUGUAUUAUAAUUAUUUUGUCCUAUUUUGUUGGUGAAAAAAGUAUGGUUGGUUGAAAGGUUUAUUGCUGUAAUUUGAAAGUGGAUACUAUUUGAUGUGUGCAACCUGCAACUUCAUUUUCUUUUUUUAAGCAUAUGGCUUACAUGAUGAUAAUGACAUUUGCGUAUCUAGUUUCUACACAUUGCUAGGAGCAGAAUCAGCCAGUUACACUGCUUGACAUUCACUAUGUCCAUUUUCAUCAGACAACAUGGCUGCUAUAUAGAACAGUUUGCUGUGGACUUAGCUUUUUAUUCUUGAGCGUCUGUACUGAAGUCGCCUCAAUAAAUUCACCAUCUACUAUUUUCUGUUACUCCUAUACGUGGUAUAUUGUGUUUAUAUCCCAUCCGUUAUUAUACGGAAGAUGUAUACUUAUACUGAGUCUUGUGGUGCUAUAAUAACCUGUCCAUAUCUCACCUAUUCACAAUACCCAGUAGAUCUAAUGCUUGUUGCUAUUCUUAUAAGUUUGUAUUGUUUUAUCAGUGAUGUUCUUUUUUAUGUACAAUAAAAACCUGGGAAAGAUUUGA